AUGUUUUGUAGAGAGUCGUCGUCUAGUCUCCAGACCUUGAGCAUAGCAAAGAGUCUCAGCUCUUUGUUUCCUAAACCAUCAGCACUCGUCAACCCCAUCUCUGCAGGACGUCGAGACAAGCUGUCUCGUCCAAACCUCGGAGGACGAUGUAAGGUCAAGGCUUCACGGUCUAAUACUGAUCUGAAAGAUAAUAUAGUGAGAACCCCCGUUAAGAAAAUCAAAGUAAAAGGAUUCAUUACAGCCCAAGAAGGGUUGUUAGCUGGUAUGGGUUGGUCGAGACCUCUCGAUGACAUAGCCGAUAUCCGCGGCAGAUCACUUCUCGUCGAGCUUAUUAGCGCUGAGGUUGACACCCGGACGAUGAUGGAGAAGGAUCCGGUAGAAGACUACGCACAGCGUGUAUGGUUCGAAGCCCAAGAUGAGAAGUACGAGUGCGUGUUUGAGAUGCCCGAGGACUUUGGAGAUGUGGGGGCCAUCAAGGUUCAAAACCAGCACCAUAGAGAGAUGUUCAUCAAGGAAAUGGUGAUUGAGUUACCCGGCGGGUCGGUCACGUUUACAUGUGAGUCAUGGGUGGCUCCCAAGUCCGUUGACCCAGCCAAGCGGAUAUUCUUCUCCAACAAGUCCUACUUGCCUUCCGAAACCCCGAAGCCUCUUCAACAGCUGCGAAAGGAGGAGCUAGAGACCUUACAAGGCAAGAACCGUGAGCAAGUUGGUGAAUUUACCAAGCUAGAGCGUGUUUACGAUUAUGACGUGUACAAUGAUGUCGCUGACCCGGACAAGGACCCCGAACUUGCCCGUCCUGUCAUUGGAGGCCUCUCUCAUCCGUAUCCAAGGCGCUGCAAGACUGGUCGCAAACGCUGCCAUACUGACCCCUCCACAGAGAAACGCUACGGGGGGGAGUUCUAUGUCCCUAGAGACGAGGAGUUCUCUACAGCCAAGGGCACUUCAUUCACGGGCAAGGCCAUUUUGGCAGCUCUUCCCUCCGUAUUCCCACAGAUCGAGUCUGCUCUGUUGGAUCCCAACUUGCCUUUCCCACACUUCAAAGCUAUAGAAAGUCUCUUUGAAGAAGGUAUCCCGCUUCCCAAGGAUGCUGGCCUUUUACCUAUGAUCCCAAGACUCAUCAAAGCAGUUGCUGAAGCUCAAGAUGAUAUUCUCCAGUUUGAAGCCCCAAUUCUCCUUAAUAAGGAUAGAUUUUCAUGGAUCCGAGACGACGAGUUUGCUCGCCAGACACUUGCAGGCCUUAAUCCUUAUACCAUUCAACUAAUUGAAGAGUGGCCGUUGCAAAGCAAACUAGACCCUGCCGUUUAUGGUGAUCCGACCUCGCUCAUUACUUGGGAUAUUAUCCAAAAAGAAAUCAAAGGAAAUAUGUCAGUUGAUGAGGCUCUUAAGAACAAAAGAUUGUUCAUGUUGGAUUAUCAUGAUUUGCUUCUACCCUAUGUGAACAAAGUGAGAGAACUUGAAGAUACCACUUUAUAUGCUUCUCGAACUGUAUUCUUCCUCAACGAUAAUAGCACGUUGAGGCCAGUAGCCAUUGAGUUGACUCGUCCCCCAGAUGUCAACAAGCCCCAAUGGAGGCAGGUCUUCACGCCAGGCUAUGACGCUACAUCCUGCUGGCUAUGGAGUAUUGCUAAGACUCAUGCUGUUUCUCAUGACGCCGGAUAUCACCAGCUUAUUUCUCACUGGCUAAGGACUCACUGUUGUACUGAGCCAUACAUAAUAGCGGCAAACAGACAACUUAGUGCUAUGCAUCCCAUCUAUAGGCUUUUGCAUCCCCACUUCCGCUACACCAUAGAGAUCAACGCUCGUGCACGCCAAAGUCUCAUCAACGCAGGUGGAAUCAUUGAGACUUGUUUCUGGCCGGGGAAGUAUUCACUAGAGCUAAGUUCAGAUGUCUAUGAUAAACUAUGGAGGUUCGACAUGGAAGGCUUACCUGCUGACCUCAUCAGAAGGGGGCUGGCUGAGGAAGAUGAGACCGCUGAACAUGGCUUACGCUUGAGGAUACCAGACUACCCAUUUGCAAAUGACGGUCUUAUGUUGUGGGAUGCACUUAAGGAAUGGGUGACAGACUAUGUGAAGCACUAUUAUCCAGAUGCAGGACUGAUCAUGUUGGACGAGGAACUUCAAGGAUGGUGGAGUGAAGUGCGGAACAUAGGGCAUGGAGACAAGAAAGACGAGCCUUGGUGGCCUGCUCUCAAAACACAAGAUGACUUGAUUAGCAUUGCAACUACAAUUGCAUGGGUGGCCUCAGGUCACCAUGCAGCUGUAAAUUUCGGACAGUAUGGAUAUGGAGGAUACUUUCCCAACCGACCAACCACAACAAGGAUAAGAAUGCCAGUGGAAGAACCAACAGAUGAAGAGCUAAAAGAGUUCUAUGAGGAGCCAGAAAAGGUGAUGCUUAAGACAUUCCCGUCGCAGAAGCAGGCAACCAAAGUGAUGGUCACUUUGGAUCUUUUAUCAACCCAUGCAUCAGACGAAGAAUACAUCGGAGAACAGCCAGAAACAUCUUGGACCAAUGAUCCUGUCAUCAAUGCUGCAUUUGAACGACUCAAAGGCAGGCUCCAAUAUCUUGAAGGAGUGAUAGAUGAGAGAAAUGUAAACGUUUCUCUAAAGAAUAGAGCGGGAGCUGGUGUAGUUAAGUACGAGCUUUUGAAACCCACAUCUGAGCCCGGUGUUACGGGAAUGGGUGUUCCCUACAGUAUUUCUAUUUGA